GGAAAAGAGUAUAUCCUGAUGUUGAGUGAUGAUAAUCUUGCUCAAGUCAUUGACCCAAAAAUCUUAAAUCAUUUGAUUCGAAAUAAAAUUGAGUUUUGCCUGGAGGUGAGGUCGAAAUCUUCUGACUUGGAAAAGAGUGAACUUCCACCAAAUGAAGAUGUUUCGAUUCCAAAACCGAAGGAAAAUUGGAAAUCCAUUGACAUGAU